GGCUGUAUUACUGCCUCAGCAGGUGAUGCUGUGUCUCACACGGGCUCUCAGCCUCCCUGCUUAUCCACAAUCACAGAGGUCGACCGAGUUUCAGCACCGCAGCGCCUCGACAGCUCCGGUUCCGAGCGGAUUCCGGCGCCACACCUCCCCGCCCGGCGCGCCUCUCACAGCGGCUGCACAGGACGCGGCGGCCCCGGCGGAGCUGUCCACACGUUCAGCGCUGCUCCUGUGGAGGACGCACACGGCGAUCUCUUCGUGCUGGACACCGGGAGGCGCCUCCUUUCAGGAUGGCGUCAGUGUCAGUGAGGCUUUGUGCGCUCCUGCUGCUCCUCACCCUGACUGUAGUGAGCCACAUCACCGCCUUCCCCACGACCACAGCCUCCGUGGACGCUGUGUACAACAGACAACUGACAGAAGAAAGACCACUACAAGAGCAGAUUGCUGAAGCAGACAGUGUCAAGGCUGCAGUUCAGUCAGCUGAGAGAAAAUCUCCCACUGCCUCCAAAGACAAAGACUCCGACCAGAGCCAUGAUGAGUUUACUGCCCACAAAUCCACGGCUGAAAGCCAGGAAUCAAAGGACACUGCAGAGGUGAGCCAGAAGAAGGAGCAGUACAUCCAAGAUGAAUCAGAUUCCACCAAGAGUCGCCGUCUGGCUGAGGACUAUGACUCCACCAAGAAUGGAAUGGAAUAUGGCAAGUACCAAGAUGAUCCGGAGAGCUUCCGUCAGGUGGACGGCACUCCCCUGACAGCAGGGGAUAUCGUCCAGAAGAUUGCAAACAAGAUCUACGAGGAAGAUGACAGAGGAGUGUUUGACAGAACUGUUUCCAAGCUGCUCAAGCUGGGCCUGAUCACAGAUAGUCAGGCAGAUACUCUCGAGUACCAGGUCGCUGAAGCCCUCCAGGAUCUCAUCACCAAAAAUGCCAAAAACAAUGAGAUUGAAGAUAUUGAUGACAAUGAUCAAGAGACAGAAGAAGAACAGGAGGACCAGAUGUCAGACCCCAACACGGAUACGUGGCCAUCGGCUAGGCGGCAUUACAGUGAUGAUGAUGAGGAUGAGGAUGAAGAUGAGGAGGAAGUGGAAGAAAACGAGACUGAAGAUGAAGUAGAAAGAGAUGCAGAAGAUGAGGGUGACGACACCUUGGACAGAGAUACUGAGGAAGGCAAUGAGGUGAGAACUGAGGACGGACUCCAGGACCUGCAGUACUUCCCCAACUUCUACCGUCUGCUCAGGAGCCUCGACUCAGAUCGGGACACCCAAGAGAGAGAGACGCUGAUCACCAUUAUGAAGACGCUGAUUGACUUUGUAAAGAUGAUGGUGAAGUACGGAACCAUCACGCCAGAAGAGGGAGUGUCCUAUCUGGAAAAUCUGGAUGCUAUGAUCGCCAUGCAGACCAAGAACAAACUGGGCAAGUCUCUCAUGCUCCCUGACUUCACUGGACCUGCUGGGAAAAACUUGGAUGAGGAUGACAACACCAAGGCCGAAGCAGCCAAGAUGCAGAAGGAGUACGAGAACCUGAAAGACUCUACAAAAGAGGAGCAGCCCCAAACGGAGACAAAUGUGCCUGGAAAGUCUGAAACCUAUUUGGAUGCCAUCCGGAAGAACAUCGAGUGGUUAAAGAAACACAAUGAGGAAGAAGGCAAAGAAGAUUACGAUCUCUCCAAACUUAAGGACUUCAUGGACCAGCAAGUUGAUUCUUAUAUUGAGAAGGGGAUCAUCACCAAAGACGAAGGCGACACCAUCAAGAGAAUCUACAGCAGCCUGUAACUCCAUCAUUUGUCCUCCAAUCAUCUGCUGGUCCCCAAAUCAAAGAGCUCCAAGAAAAGCCUGAAUAGUUCUCAUUUGAUACAGCAUGGUAAAGCAUAUAUGUAUUCAGAUAAACCAGGAAAUCUUAUUCACUUAGAUUUUUCCCAAAUGCAUAUAAUAAAUAUGUAUCCUUUACUCUGGCCAAAAUGAUUAACUACAUUUGCACGCAAUGACUGCGGAUUAAUAAUCAGUUUAAUAUUUAGAAAUAAAUCAAAAGUUGUUCAUAUAACCUGCUCACACACCUGACUAGAAUGAUUUAUUAAGGACUGAUUUUUUUUUUUUUUAAAUGUUAUUAGAGU